GCUUUUCACCCAAUAGCAGCCGAGCAUCGUCCGUCAACCGAACACUUUAUGAGAGACGAGACUCUAGAGUCUCCAACUCCGCUCGUGUUGUCAAACGCUCGAUCCAACGAAGGCCGUCCCCUCCAAUUACUAGCGGCAUCCAGCAAAAGUCUAAAAACAAGAAGACGGCAAAAGAGCAGAAAAACCGUCAUAACCAGGCGACUGUUCUUACCAGGAUCGAGGACAUUAUGCAGUUCUACUUCGGCUUCGACCGCAACGAACAGAGCGGUGGUAACGGCAACGGCGCCGGUCUCAGCGCUAACAAGAUCAAUGUCCAGCGCGGCUCAUGCGCUCUCCUUUACUACUUGCUUCAUAAAGACCGCUGCGGAGCUAUAAGGAACGGCAGACUAGCUCAGUGGGAAGCGAAUAUGCACCAGAUCGCUCAGAACGCGAUCGACGAGACGGCACCUCCUUUCGCAGGCGGCUUCCUAGAGUCUUCCGAGCCACCUUGCACGCACGCCGACACGAAAUCAAAGGAGUGCGAGAUCCACCGCCACCCCGACUGGAUAGUCUGCAGGAAACGUCACGCCGAGGCCACUUUCCAACACAACGAGGCAGCAUACCUCAGGGAGAUCGGCAUUACCAAAGAAAUGGCGCUUUUCGGAGCUUCGGCCGGCGGGUCGAGACAUGCUUAGACUAAUCACUUCAUCGCUUUUUCCUUCACGUUUUGCAGGAGGUACAGUGUCCCGGGCGGUUUAGCAAGCGUUGUGUUUUCGAUCGAUUUUUGGGAGGUGAUGCCAAGCACUUGAUUAGCAUUUCGGUUUUUUGGGAUUCGGAUAUUGAGCAACUACUGUAUCAUAGAAAAAAGGAUGGAUGGUUUGGACAUGGGAACAUAUUUGUAACGACCGUGAUGAACGAUGGACACGAGCUUUGUGUGAUAUUAUCAUACUGCUACUACUACUACUACUGGCUACCUACACUUGAGCUUGAAAAAGCUCAAAGAAACAGAAAUGAAGAAAAGCGUGAAAUC